AGGCUGUGGCAUCCUUGGAGUCGGCAUCUGGCUGGCCGCCACGCAGGGCAACUUCGCCACGCUGUCCUCCUCUUUCCCGUCCCUGUCGGCCGCCAACCUGCUCAUUGUCACCGGCACCUUUGUCAUGGCCAUCGGCUUCGUGGGCUGCGUCGGGGCCAUCAAGGAGAACAAGUGCCUCCUGCUCACCUUCUUCGUGCUGCUGCUGCUGGUGUUCCUGCUGGAGGCCACUGUCGCCAUACUUUUCUUUGCCUACACGGACAAGGUACAGCCACCUCUGCCCGCAGCUUCGGGUGUGGGGGCUCCAUCCCAGCAAGGGGCCACGGCAGGGCGGCGAGGUCCCAGCCGCGUGUCCCCGCAGUUCCGCUGCUGCGGCGUCUCCAACUACACGGACUGGUUCGAGGUCUACAACGCCACGCGCGUGCCCGACUCCUGCUGCCUGGAGUUCAGCGAGAGCUGCGGGCUGCACGCCCCCGGCACCUGGUGGAAGGCGCCGUGUUACGAGACGGUGAAGAUGUGGCUCCAGGAGAACCUGCUGGCGGUGGGCGUCUUCGGGCUGUGCACAGCGCUGGUGCAGAUCUUGGGCCUGACCUUUGCGAUGACCAUGUACUGCCAGGUGGUGAAGGCCGACACCUACUGUGCGUAGGCUGCCCACUGCCCGCCACCCUGCUCCGCUGCCAAAGGACGCCGCCUACCCGGGAGAUGGCCUCGUCCUGCUGCAGGCCUCUGCCAGCCUGUACGUGGGGGAGGGAAGGCGGCGUCCCCAGGACCUUGGCCAGGCCUCUGAGCACCAUGCCAGAGGGGGCAGCUGAGCACUGGCCACAUGGGGGCCUGGGAGGGCUUCUGGCAUCUUAACUUCUUCAUCCAUGUAUCUCCAGAGCAGUGUUUCCCCUGAGACCCUGUGAAGGGCAGGAGGUUGGGGCCACACACGGGCUGGGGUGGGGGCAAGGGGCCUCCUGCUGACCCUGGUGCUUGGGCAGGGCCGGAGCCCUGACAUCCACAUUCCACAUGGGGCCUGGGCAGGCUCCCGGUGCAUCUUAAUAAAAUGUGUGGGCAGCAGCCCCCAGCUGUGUUUGUCGCUGCCCUGACCCCCCACGGGGGGUACCAUGUCUAGGCACACCUGUGCCCAUGGACCCCCCACCAAUAUGGGACAGGUGCCUGGAGUGGGAUUCCAGGACAUACACAGGCCCAGGUGAGCUGCCCAGGCCAGGCAGAGAGGGACUUGUGUACCUCAGGACAGCCACCAAAACCUCCAUUAAAUUAGCUCCAAGAAAUGGUGCAGAGGCCCCAGGAACUGCUGAGUCUCCCUGACCUAUCCACUUGCCCCUCCCCUGACAUGGGGUGGCCUCUUACCCAGCCCCGGGCCUGCCCCCCGCCCCCGCCCUGGUGUCCUCAGUGAGUGGAGUCCAGCCCCUUGCUCCCUGUUACUGAUUCCUGUUUUGUUCCUGGGAACUGUGCCCCUAAGUGUUACUCUGUACAACUUGGCAAAUAAAGUGGGCUGUGGGGUCCAAGCAGCGUCACGGGGCCCAGGA